AGUUCUACUAGCGAGAGGCUGCUACUCUGCGACAACAAAUUACUAGUGUGCAGGAUUCAAACAGGAAAAUAUUAGGUGAGUCUUUGAGCAGAAUGAAUGUCAAGGAUCUCAAGAGCUUGGAGGGCAAAUUAGAGAAGGCAAUUAGUACAAUUCGGUCCAAAAAGAAUGAGCUCUUGUUCGCAAAAAUCGAGUAUAUGCAAAAAAGGGAAAUUGACUUGCAUAAUAAUAACCAGCUUCUCCGUGCAAAGAUAGCCGACAAUGAGAGAAGCCAGCAAAACUUGAAUGGGAUGCCUGCAGGAGUGGGAAACUACGAGCUCUUGCACUCUCAGCCAUUUGAUUCUCGAGACUAUUUCCAGGUAGAUGCAUUGCAGCCCAAUCAAGUACAGUUCCCACGCGGCCAAGACCAUAUGGUGCUUCAAUUAGUGUAAGGAUCUUAUUAUUCA